AUGUCUUUUGGAAAUAAUUCAGACAAUAACAGUGAGUCUUCAAGUAGUUCGGAAGUGCCUAUUCCACGUCCAGUUCGUUUUUGGUUGAUGCUUUUAUUCAAUAUUCCGUCAGUAGCCUGUAGCUUCUUACUUAUAAUCCAUAUUAUAAUGAAUCGAAACCAUCGAUAUGCAUUACAUAAUCAUACAAUUCUUCUUCUAUUAAUCUGUAACUUGCCAGUUCAAUUAAUAGAUAUUAAUUUUUAUCUUAUAUUCUUUUAUUACGGUUUUGUUCAACCAUCACAACCAAUCGUGUGUCUUCUUUGGUGGCUUGCUGACUUUGGUUUCUAUGCUGGUGGACUCGUUCUCAUGGCUUGGCUAGCAAUCGAACGACAUGUUUUCAUAUUUCACGAUCGACUGCUUUUAAAUCGAAGAGGACGUUUCCUUUUUCAUUAUCUCCCUCUGAUUAUUCUAGUCACAUAUCUUCUUGUCUUCUAUCUGACUGUUAUUUUUCUUUUACCUUGUGAAAAUACCUAUCUUUAUACAGCUCUCGUAUGUGGUCAGUCACCAUGCUAUGUAUCUUAUGGUAUUCUUGGUUUAUGGGAAUUUACUGUACAUAUAAUGAUACCAAUUGUUUUAGAGGGUAUUGCUAGUAUUGCUCUUCUUUUACGUGUUCAAAUACAAAAACGACGACUUCGUCAAUCUAAUCAAUGGCGUAGACAACGGCGAAUGAUUAUUCAAUUACUUUUGGUUACAACCUUAAAUAUUGGUAUUAAUUUUUCAAGUAGUGCACUAUUUUGUGCACAUUUAUUUGGUUUAUCAGCAGAAUAUGGAACAGAAGUUCAGCUUUAUCUCUCUUUUCUUGAUUACUUCGUUAUUUUGCUAUUUCCAUUCAUAUGUUUAAGUCAAUUUCCAGAUUUACGCAAGACAAUGAAAGAGAAAUUAUUGGGUGUAGUACGGAGACGACCACAUCACACAGACACUGUUGCACAUACAAGAAGAGAUAUACCAAUGAAUAGAGUGGCAUAA